UCUCGCCAUUAUUCGCUUUGUUCAAGUUGAGAAAAGUGUGUCACGAAUUUGGUGCAGUGCUCUUUAGAAGUGAUUUAUCGUUGUAAAACUCAAUAAAAUUUAUCAAAAACUUCUUCAUUCGGUAGAUAAGUAGGGUUGAAGUAGCAGCAGCCCUAGCGCUACGCAGUCAAACAAGUUUCGUCAAGGUGUGUGAUGAGAAGUUCAGGUGGGAUAGUUGUAAGUAACGUGUUUCCUGGAAAUUUCAUUGAAUCGGAAAACAAAUCAACUGCGAAAGAGUUCCCCGAGCACGGGAUGGCCUAUCAACAGUACGCCCAGUAUUGUAACGCUUACUAUCAGCAGUUGCAGUUCAAUCCCAACGGGGGGUCAAUUUCGACAAAUGUUCCGCCGCCACCAAUUUCCGGUGGAGGAAAUGCUGGAGGAUCUGGUUCUCCCGGAGGUGGUGGAGCCCCUCCCGGUUUCACCAACGCUUCGAUGUCAGCCAUUGGCAAUUCCGGAGAAAAUCAGCCAGGGGGUGGUUCCGAUGUAUCGUCCUCGCCUUCGUCAGGUAGUUUUAUGAACACGUCGUCAUUUUUUAGCCCUCAGCAUCAGCAGCAGCAACAACAACAGCAGCAGGAUGGAAAUAUGCAAGGAUUCAAACAAGCGCCAAGCCAAUUUGGUCCUAUUCGAUUCAAUAUUAACAAACAGCCACAGAGGGUUAGUCCCUUGGUACAGAACAAUGCCUUGUCGAAUGGUUCUCCUCAAUUGCCACCUCCGCCUCAACAACAACAACAUCAGCAGCAGCAGCAUCAACAGCAAUUCAAUCAGAACAAUCAACCGAUAGGUAAGAAAAAGAAGAAGAAGAAUAAGAAUAACAUGAACAACAUGGCCAACCAGCAGCAGAACAACAAGCAGAUGUUCAACAAUGGGGGAAUUCCGCCAUUGAUGCCACCGGGUCCUCCGGCAGGUGCUAACUUCUCCUCGCCAGUGCAAGUGCCAGACUUGAGCAAACCUCCGCCACCGUUCCCCGGCCAGUCCGGAAUUGGAGGAACCAUCAGCACUACUGUCCCGCCGCCACCGGUACCGAAAAAACCGGAUCCCUUCAACAAUCCUACCGACGCCUGGCCGGAAAGCUUGAACAACUUUGUCGCGCGCUGUUACGCCAAAUGCAAGACAGAUUUCGAUAAAGAUCAGAUCGAUAUUUGCCUUAAGGGGCGCAUCACAGCUGCCGCGAACAAAGGUGAGCUGUGGACCAAGGAUUGGGACAACGAACCAGUGCCGAGUGUUCACAGCGAGCGUGCCCUGCUAACGCCAAACAACAAGCCCAAACCGCCGGGAAUUGUCGGAAGUAUCAGUCAGUAUCAGAACCAGAACCUCCGAAGCAGCAGUCCUCCCAACGGCUUCGGUCGAAACAGUCAAAAUUUCACUCGCAAAAGCGGUAAUUCCGUGGGGACUCCGCAUUCGCUUGGAUCUCGCCUAGGCAAUAAGUCCGGUUCGAAAAAGUCUCGCACAUCUCGUUCGCGGUCCCGAUCCCCCUCCAGUCGCUACGGCAGCAGUAGAAGCCGCCGCAGUCACUCUUCCAGUUCGGAUUCUCGUUCCCCUCGUCGGAAGCGCCGCUCGUCCGACAGUAGCGAGGACAGUCGCAACUCGUCCGGAAAGUCCUUCAAGCUCAAAAGCCAAAAAGCCAAUCAGAAGAACAAGUCCCACCCCAACGCCAAAGGUCAGAACCAGAAACGGUCCGGAUUCUACUCGGAGCAUGGUCAGAUCGGAGGCGCCGUAGAUGGUGAUCAGGAAGCGCUGAAGAAACGGGCCGCCCGGUUCAACAACUCCAACGCCAAGAAGGUCUCGCCUCCCAGCUUCGCGGUCAAGAAACGCCUACAGAUGCCGACGCCGUCCCGCUUGUUCAUCGAUGAUGCCGCCGGAGAUGCGGAUGGUGGCCUGGAUCUGUUCGAUCUGCACAUCGUGGGAACGUGUCGGGAUCUGGAGAAGAGCUUCCUGCGGCUCACGAAAGCCCCCGCCCCUUCGGAAGUGCGACCGGUCGAAGUUUUACGCUACUCGUUGCAGAACGUCAAGAAUAAGUGGGUCGAGAAGCAGGAUUACUACUAUGCGUGUGAUCAGCUGAAGUCGAUUCGACAGGAUUUGACGGUCCAAGGCAUUCGGGAUGCGUUCACCGUGCAGGUCUACGAAACACAUGCUCGCAUCGCGAUGGAAAAGGGCGACCACGAAGAGUUCAACCAAUGCCAAACGCAGCUCAAAAUGCUCUAUUCCGAGGUGGGAGGCGAGAACAUAUUGGAGUUUACGGCGUACCGAAUUUUGUACUACAUUUUCACCAAAAACACGCUCGAUCUGACCACCAUCAUGAAAGCUCUCACUCCGACCGAACGGGAACAGGACGUGAUCAUUUUCGCACUAAAGCUGCGUUCGGCUUGGGCCCUCGGGAACUACAGUCGGUUCUUCAAUCUGUACCGGACAGCCCCGCUGAUGGCUGGCUAUCUGAUUGAUUGGUUUAUCGAGCGCGAGCGCAAGAUCGCCUUGAAGAACAUUAUUAAAGCUUAUCGUCCCAAUUGCCCGGUGGACUAUGUCAGUCAAGCGUUGGCCUUUGAGAGUGUGGACAAAUGUUUCGACUGGUUAUCGACGUUCGAAUUGACCUUUGUUACCAAGCAAGGUGGCGCCGCGACAGAGGAUGGAGGAAGUGCUGCUGCUGCUGUUCCGGCGAAUGGAGUUUCAAGAUUCAUCGACUGCAAGACCAGCAUGAAUGUGUUGGCGAACUUUUAAGCUAGUCUCCUCGUCGCCGCCAUUGGGGCAAAGAAUUCUCUCAACAUCAAGUGGUGACACCUCUUUCGUGAUCCAUAGCCGCAAGUGUCCCCGUCGUCCCUGAUCUGAACCGGUGGCUGUCUACUCUCUCGUCAUCGACUGAUUCUCGUUUAAGUUGCUGAGAUCAGUUCGAAUCCGUUUGCCAUUUUCGCCACCGGUGAAUGUUCCGCCAGGUCUAAGAGGAAAGUUUACGUGAGGACAAAGAGGAAUGCGUUUUAGAAUUCCUCUCUAUGUUCAGGAGGAUUAGCUGCGCCCGGAUCGUCAAAUCGAAGGAGGUUGAGGAGACAGCGCGACGGGAGAAGAAUGGAUGUAUAGUGAUUUCUCAUGGAACGUUGAGAAUGAAGAAUUGUGUUGUGUGAUUAUUAUAUGAUAAUAUGAACAGUCGGUUGUCGGCGAAAUGAAGUGGACACUGCUUCCAGGGGGGCGACGACCAAUUUUGUCUCUGUCUGCUAAGCCUUGUGGGGAUCGACAGCGGAGAAACCGGCGGUACGGAUGUUGCGGAAGAAGGUGCGGAUCACAAACUCGAGGAUUUCGAAUGAAUCAAGAGUACCCGGAGAUCGUCCGGCACGGAGUUCAGAAGUCCCGCACGGAUUGGCGAGACUUCGAGGAAGCGCUCCUGUCUCCAAGAUGAAGCGAUUGACCUGAUUGUGGCUAACAGGACGGAGACCAAGCGAAUCUUGCUCAGUGAUGAAAUGUCUGUCUGUAAAAAAAAACUUCCACAGAACUUCAUGGAGCGCAGUCCGUAAGAAAGAACCGAUCGUCAUAACACUCUGGAGAGUUACCAAACCUAGCUGCCAUCACAAUCUGCGAGGAACGAUACUGAAGGAGACGAAACUGGCGAACCAUGAUCCUACCACAAGGCUGGCGACUGGACAUCGACUGAACCUAGAAUAACGCGGCGCGUGUGUUUUGGAAGAACCAGAUGGACUUGUAUUCAAUGAUACUGUAAAGGAACUUAUUUUUAAUCAUUGCAUCGCUCUUUCGAAGAAGGCUUUGUGAGAGUGCUGUGUUUGUACAUAACGGCUUGAAUUGGUUGCUGAUAUUAUCAACCUUACCCAAUAAUCAACAGCGUAGACACAAACUUUAAGCCAAUUCUAGAAGAAUUCAACUGAGAGCAUAUAGUGCCUAGGUGUAAAUAUCAAUUUUAAAGAACUUUACCCAUAAACUUUUGAGUGAUUUCCUGAGGGUGGGGAUGGUUGAGGUUCGGAAUCUUCGAACGAAUGCGCUGGAUCGUGGCUGGAUCAAAUCCAGCGGGGGCAGGGAAAGGACACUUGGACCCAGGGAACAAUUUGCAGGUCAAACUGGACGCGCACAAUCCGUGCAGCACCAGCAUAGAACUAUCAACGCCUGAUCGAUGCUGAAUCCGCAGUGCACUCUCCUCAAAAUCCAAAAACAUUAUCCUUCCGCAAGCAGCAUUAUCCCUUUCCCUACAAUCCCAUCUAAGCUACUCUGAACGAUCCCGUCUUAAGCCAAUCCUAUCCCACGACUGUUCCCAAUGUCCCGAUUCAAAAAAUCGUUAAUCUCGUCGAAACGGAAGCAUUUGGAGGUCUUGGCGAACCAAUGCGCUUCCGCAUACUGCGGCCGAAGAAACUCGAACGAAAAUGCGACGCUGGUGUAAAUUUCCAUUCGUUAUUUUUUUUAUUUGAAUUGCUUUAGUUUUUUUGUUCUAUCGUUAUCGUUUUCAAUUUAUUUUUCCGUUAACUAGUUGUACUUGCCAAUAAAAUACAAUUCCUAAUGAAAGAACCUAGCAUACCGUUUUGCCGCGUAAAGACGAAAUUUGAAUCCAUCUGCUACAUUUUAUGGAAUGUUAUCUUCCGGUCCCCUUGCCAGCCCAACACCUAUUGGAGCGUUUGAUCCUGAUGAUAUUCAAUAAAAAUUCGUUUUCAUUAAAA